AUGGCCAAGCACCACCGCACGCCCGCCCGUGCUGCCGAGCCCGUGAUCGAAGUCAAGAGCAAGUUUGAUGCCGAAUUCCGGCGCUUCGCCAUGCGGCGCUCGGGCGCGAGCAGCUUCCAGGAGUUCUACCGCCUGCUGCAGACGGUGCACCAGAUCCCGCGGGUGGAGCUGCUGCUGGGCUACACCGACGUGCACGGGGACCUGCUGCCCAUCAACAACGACGACAACUACCACAAAGCCCUCUCCUCCGCCUGCCCCCUCCUCAGGGUCAUCAUCCAGAAGAAAGCCGAGUCGGACGCCGCCGUCUUCGCCUGCAACUCUCUACAGCGCCGUCGGAAGGGACUGCUGCGGCCGGCGCAGUGCCGCUCCAGGCCGCCCCUGCUGAUCGGACUGCCGCAGGACUUCCGCCAGAUCUCCUCUAUCAUCGACGUGGACAUCCUGCCCGAGAGCCACCGCCGGGUGCGGCUGCACAAGCACGGCUCCGACAAGCCCCUGGGCUUCUACAUCCGCGACGGCGUCAGCGUGCGGGUGGCGCCGCAGGGGGUGGAGAAGGUCCCCGGAGUCUUCAUCUCCCGGCUGGUGAAGGGCGGCCUGGCGGACAGCACGGGGCUGCUGGCCGUCGGCGACGAGAUCCUGGAGGUCAACGGCAUCGACGUGGCCGGCAAGUCGCUGGACCAGGUGACGGACAUGAUGGUGGCCAACAGCCACAACCUGAUCGUCACCGUCAAGCCUGCCAACCAGCGCAACAACGUCAGCCGCGGCCCCGGCCCCAGCAAAGCCUCGGGCAGCUCCGGGGUGUCCACUGACAGCACCCCCAGCCAACAGACCCCCAGCCCGGCCUCGCAGUACCUCAGCGCCUACAGCGCCGCCGACAGCGACGAGGAAGGCGACCUGGUGAUCGAGAGUGACAAUGCCGAUGCUAACGCCGAUGCCAACGCUGAUGCCAGCGCCGCCGAUGCCCUCUGCCCGCCCCUGGCCUGCCCCAACGGCGGCGGCGCCGCCGACGGAGCCCUGCCCUGCAGCCCCUCCCCGCACGGCUCUCUGCGCUCCGUGGGCAGCCACCAGGGCAGCCCGGGACGGGGAGGCGAUGGGCAUGAGGAUGGCACCCUCCUGACACUAUAG